ACUAACGGAACCUCUCCCUCGUGCCCCUCCUCUCCCUGUGCAGUUAGGAUGAAGUAGCUUCCGGGCGACAGGGUACCAGCAGUAAACAUGGCGGAGGAACUGCUGGAAACAGUGGACAGACUUCAGUCCCGGCUCCAUGAGAAUCCGGAGCCACGAAAGCUUUUAAAGACUCUCAAAAGGCUGGGGGAGCUUCCGAUGACCGUGGAUAUACUGGUGGAAACUGGAGUGGGGAAGACUGUGAAUUCCUUCAGGAAACAUGACCUGGCAGGGGAGGUGGCAAAAAACCUUGUAGCCAAAUGGAAGAAACUGGUUCCUCAGUCUGCAGACAGACCCACCAACAGUCACCACAAAGAGGCACCGCGGUCACACGGACACUCUCGAGGCCCAGACCCCGCUGAAGGAGAAGACCACAGGCGAACCCGGGAGCCGUCCCCUGAGGAGGAGCCCUCCUACAUGGAAGAGGAAGAGGAGGAGGAGGAGGAAGAGGAUCAGAGAGGCUACCACACAAACUACUCACCCUCACCUCCUCGACAUGAGCAAUACAGCCCUCCACAGAGAGGAGGAUACCACUCGGACGAAUAUGAGAGCCCCGAGCAUGAGCAUGAACCUGAGCCUGAGCCUGAGCCUGAGCCUGAACCUGAACCUGAGCCCAGUCCUCCUCCUCCUCGUAAAGAGGUACGCCACACCAAGCCAAGCAAAGAACCCAGCAAAAACCACAACCACAGUCACAACAGCGACAAAAACAGGGACAGAGAUGAGGAGAGGCGGCAACGGCAUGCAGAUAUGAGUAAUGAUCGAGGGGGAGGAGGAGGAGGAGGUGAAGGGAAGAAACGCAGCGCAGACAGAGAGAGGCAACAGAGUCCGGUACAGAAGUCUGCAAAACACAACAAGAAGUCCACCACACACGAGAGCAAGAGGGAGGAGAAGAAGAAGGGAGGAGACGAUGGGCGACCCCGUGUGCCGAGGGACUCCCCACCCAAAGAAGUGGAGGAAGAGGACUAUGAGAUCCCGACCAUGUCCUUCGAAUCCUUUCUCACGUACGACGCCCGCCCGAUGCCCGUCAAGAAGAAGAAGAAGCCCUCGUCAUCCUCGUCGUCCUCGUCACACAAUCGGCCGUCUCACUCUGCGUCCUCCACAUCGUCUUCCCGUCGCACACCUCCCCCUGCACCCUCCUCUUCCUCCUCAUCUUCCUCCAAAGCGAGCAGAGCUAACGGUACUCAGAGCAGCAAGAGGCCGCACUCAGGGUCCGGAUCAGCUGCAGCAACGCCCGAGAAACGAAAGAGGCAGGUUGUCGAGCCAGUUCCCACACUUCCUGAAAUCCCUCUGCCUGCGAUUCAACCAAACUACAGACCUCUGCCCUCCAUCGAUGUCACGCCGCUGUCCCCUCAGAGACGGAAAGUUCCUCUUCUCAACGAUGAAGAGGAUUCCGGUUUCACAGGGAAGCGGUUCAACUCUAAAAUGGUUGUCUACUCGGGAUCAAAGACCGCAUACCUGCCCAAGAUGAUGACUCUGUACGAGCAGUGCAUCCGUGUGCUGCAGAACAACAUCGACUCCAUCGCUGAAGUGGGAGGAGUGCCGUUUGAGAUCCUGGAGCCGGUGCUGGAGCGAUGUACGCCAGAGCAGCUUUACCGCAUCGAGCAGAGCAAUCAGUGGUUCACCGAGGACUCAGACGAGCUGUGGAUGCGUCACUGUCAGCGGGACUUCAAGCGACAGUCUCCUCAGGAGUACGAGUCGUGGAGGGAGAUGUACCUGAGGCUGCACGACGAGCGCGAAGAGAGACUGAAGCUGCUCACACAGAACAUCUCCUCGGCACACGCCAACAAGCCCAAAGGUCGCCAGGUAAAGAUGGCGUUCGUUAAUUCUGUCGCCAAGCCGCCGCGUGACGUCCGCCGCCGUCAAGAGAAGUUUGGCACCAGCAGUGGCUUAUCCUCAGCUGCCUCCACCGCCGCUGCAGCUCCCAUCAAAAUAAGACCGGCUACCAUAGACUACUCUGCUGAAUCAAGCCGCUUCUCUUCCUCCCAACUCGAUGCUCUGCCCAGCUCGUCUCGCUCCUCAGCACCAGGAGCUGGAGGAGGAGCUGGAGCUGGAGGAGGAGGACAUGCAGCAAGGGACAAGCCACAGGUCAAAAAAAUCGCUCCCAUGAUGGCCAAAACUAUCAAAGCUUUCAAGAACCGAUUCUCCCGUCGAUAGUGUGAAUGAGGCUGAAUGUAUUUAAUGAAUUCCAAUUGUGUUAUCGAUUUUUAAAAAAACAGUACAUCCCCCUACAAACAAACACACACACACCACACACACACACACACACACCAUGAUCAUCAGCCACCGAACACGUCGUAUGAACUUUUCAGUGUUGGUGGAAAAAUGAUUUUCUUUUUUUCCCCCCAAAUUUAAAUCCUGUCGUUUGUUUUAGGGGUAAGUAUUUAAAUCACAGAUACUGUCAUCAGAUGUCGCAUCUGUGUAUAAACAUUAUCACCAACUUUUUAAUGGGAUGAAAAGGAUGUGCGCGAAAACACACACACACACACACACACACACACACACACACACACACACACAUAUAAACAUACUGUCUGUUACUUAUUUUUUGCUUUUUAGCAGAUUUUUAAAAGGAAGCUUCAACUUUUGAAGAGAUACGCUUUUUUCUGUGUUAUCAUAAGUCAGAAGAAAAGAUUGAUACCACAGUCAUGUCUGCACUUGAAAUAGGAAGCUACAGCCAGGAGCUUUGCUUAACUUGACGCAAGAACUAAAAACUGGGUAGGAGCAAGCCUGGCUCUGUUACAAUGACCUACAAAACUUCUACAAGCUCAUUUUUAACACAUAACUUAUUCAUUUUUAAAGCAUACAUGAACACUUUUCCUCUGUUUCUACUCUUUAUGAUAAGCUUAGCUAACUCCUGGUUGUAGAUCCAUGAAUAGCGCAAAGACGUGAUAGUGUUACUGACUUUUCCUCCAACGAAAGGCAGGAAAGGCAAAACUGUGUUUCCUUCAAGAUCAGCCUUUUUCUUUAUGGUACAGAAAGUUAGUUUCUUUUCAUGACGGAUCAAACGAUACACUACAUGAGGAAAACAUGCUCUUGUGUUUUUAUUUCUUGAUGGCCUGCUUGGUGCACGACAGCUGUGGUAUUGAGAUUCCAACAGAGACAUCAGAUGGCUGGUUUAAGACUCUACUUUUAAAAAAAACAAACAUAUUUUAACAUUUCUUAUGCAGUGAUAUAUAUUUUUAAUGUGUAGGGAUGAAAUGAUAUCAGUGAACUGCACACAUACACACACACAUACACACACAUACACAUUGUAGAUUUGUUUAAACCCGCCUGUGGCUUCAGAUCUUGUUUUCCUGCUGUCAAAUGUGUGUAUCCUUGUUUAUAUCUGCUUCACUGUGACAAAAUAAGUUAUGUGAGGGCUGGAGAAACUGCAGUAAGAAAAACAACAAGGAAAACCAAUAAGGAAAACCAAUAAGGAAGAAAGCAAAUAGGAAUAGUGCAGCUUCGGUCUACAACAGCGAGAUGUAUUUAUUUUGAACACUGGGACCUGGAACCCCACAACACGGGCCUGAAUAAAACUAGAUUCUAAAUUGUAAUUUUAUUAGAUUUUAAUAAAUGUUAUAUGGUCAUUUUUAUUAAAAUUGACUUUUGCCCUUGAA